CAACGCGACACCACGCAGAGACGCAUAACAGCAAGGGAUGCAAGCCUGCUAGAGCUGCAGAUGCUCUCCUCUCACACUGCGGCGACAGUUGUGAUCCUUCUGGUAACCUGUGCCUAUGUCUUACUCGAAUACAUCCGCCACAAAACAGGUUUGCGCAUCAAGCGCUUUGGAUACUUCUCCAUUCGGUACAUCGACAUUGCGCUACCUGCAGAUGGCGAGCUGAGCAUCGGGACAUUUGGCUUUCGGCCGCAUCGCCCGACCUUGGCGCAUCCUACCUGGCUUACAUUGUAUGUGGGUCAAGUGGUAUUGACUGUUGACAAGGACGUCUUGCAGGCGGGCCCGACAAAGAACACUGGCCCGAAGCGCGAGAUCACCAAGCAGCACAUACAAGAGAAGGCGCUCAAGCUGCGUGAGUUACUCAAUCGGAGCAUUCUGACAUGGGUCGACUUGCAUCUGUCUGAAGUAACGGUGUUUGUACGAGAUUGUGGCAAAGUGCAGCUCGGCGAGGCGACCCUCGCGCUCACGCACCGUCGCCUGCACCCUCAUUUUCAUCCUGGUGAAAUCCUACCGCAUUCUGCUGUGCUUCAACGGGGAAUUCAUGGUGAUCUUUCAGCAUCGAAGCUUUUAUUUCAACGGCAUGGCAAGGCUUCAUUCGAGGUAAUUGACACCAUCCAGAUGGACUUUUGGACCUUGUUUGAUGGUGUCUACAGCUUCAGGGACGGCGGCAUUUCCUUCAAAGUCGGCAAGGUGGAUUUGGUCAUGGAUGAGCUACUGCAAUUCUGGAAGGAAGUCAAGCCAGUUCACAAGCAGGAACACGCGCCGCAGGCCGGCCUAUCGAGACAGCCCUUUGGACUUGACGUUGAUUGUUUGGAUGUUCUCACAGAAGUUCAAGUGCAUGUCGGCUAUGUUCGUUGCAUCAUGACAAUACAGGAUGUUGCACCGCACGGCAAACCUAUCGCACUGACGGCCAAGUCGAAGGACGUUGCAUUUGACUUGAACCGCAUGACUGCCAACUCACCAGAUGCUCGUAUGCUCUUCAUGCCAGGUAUGGAAGCCCACCAAGCCCUCAUCUCGGCCAUCGCUACGACUGUCACCAUGACUACGGAAGACCAGACUAGCGAAGUGCUCUCCAUUCCCAUGAUUACCGUGGCAGGCAAGACGAGCUUCCUCGGCACUCUAUUUGGCGACAAGACAGCUUCGCCCAAUAUGAAUGCCGUCUUCUUCAAUACUGUCAUCACCUCACCUGCAUCCGACAUUCAUUCGUCUCAAUUGCCAGUGCUGAUUGGCCUCUUCAGACCGCGACCUCACACCUCAGCAGCGUCAGCAGCGUCACCUUGGCAAAAGAGUCUGCUACCAAAGUUUCGUUCGUCGCUGACCAUACACGAGCCGACAUUGCGCGUUGUGCUAGAUCGUCGGUGUGGCAAUGAUCUUCCGCCUAUGAUCAUUGUCCGUUUCGCUGGUCUCAAUUUUGAUGCAGAGGGCAGCCAUCAUGGUGACAUUUUUGCAUUCAUGGCUCAUUGCCGACUCGCUGCUGGCAGGAUUUACUAUCAUUCGCCAACCAACGAGGAAGUGGAUGUGCUGAGUACAGAAGGGGCCGUGUUUGAAGUGCGUUCCCAGGUGCUACCACUCUCUGCUGCACACAUUAGCGGCAGUGUCGUCAGUCUACACUCUGAAUUGUCGAGGACUGAGAUUAUCGAGUGUUUCGCUGCCAUCACACAGGCGUCCCAAGUCGUCAGUCUGGAGCCGGAUGUGCUUGCUCACUCAAAAACUCACAAGGAGCCUCAGCCUUCUCUGCAAAAGGUGCCCCAGUGGAUCGACAGUAUCCAGGUUCAGAUUGAGCGCUGCGUGAUUUCAGUGAGUGGCGCUGAUUUGCAGAUUGCACCCGAUGUGCGUGGUCUCAGCCUCUCCCUCGAAGACUGCAAAGCAUCGUACACUAGGCCUGACAGUACUCCCUCCAAGGAGGUGCUCAUGUUGGGUCAUGGACGAUCACCGAGUAAGCGACGAUUCUCAGCAACACGUCGUGCCAAAAACGUUGCAGAUCGCCGAAUUAGCGUCACUCUCAAGGGUUUGCACUUGUACACGAUCGAUUCAGAAGAUGUCAUGAAUAUUGUCAAGCCUAUCAUUUCUAUUCCUGUAGCGGAUCUCGAUAUUGCGCUAUCUUACAACAAGGAACGCUUACAGCACAACAUCAAUUUCCGUGUCGACAGCGUUGAUUUGGGAUUCUCACUCUUCAAGGUGUACGCUACCCUGCAAGCCCUAGGUGUCCUUCGGAAAGCGUUUCAGUCUGAUCAUACGCUCGCAAAACCUAAGCAUGAGGAUGUUGUGAAGAGCCAGCCUGUCGACAUGCUUCUUGAAGCGCGCGUCCGUCUUGUUCGGCUCAAGCUUGAUAUGCCGGGCGACGAGUUGCAAAUGAUUGAUCUCGAUCACAUUGCCGUUGUUGUGCAGCCUGGUCAAGAACCAGCCAUCAAGCUACGGCACGCUCGUCUUUACACUGAUUCUCAUGCAUUCCCCGGGACCUGGGAUCGUGUGCUCAGUAUUCGGGACAUUUCCCUCGCUCGACAGACACAUACAGAAACCACGUCUGCAGGUGUCCAGGCCAGCAAGACGUUCGUCUUGAGAACGGAUGGUGUUCGGCUGCGACUGCCGCAUGAGUUUGUCUUUUAUCAAAUGCUCGAAGGCUUCAUCAAUUCACUCAAGACAACCACACAGAUUGUCCAUCGCUUUGUCACGCGCAGUAAUGACUACGUUAUCGGCCAGCACCCCAAGCCACCAGUCAAGCUACCUCGGAUUCGCGUCAAAGCUCGCACAUUGCUGGUCCAGGUGGAAGACGAUCCGUUCGAGUCGCGCCUUGGUAUGAUCUACCGAGUCGGACUGUCUGAGCAAAUCAUGCGUGAUGCACGAGAAACGGCAUUUGAUAAGAAGGUGGAAGGCCUGCGUCAACAAGGUGAGCAUAGAGACUUUCUUCCUCAACUCAAUAAACUACAAGAGCAUAACUCGCGUGCCUGGAUCAUGCGCAUUACGCAUGCUCUCAAUUUCCGAGCACAACAUGCAAGAACAGCGCAUCUGGCUUGGGGUGACGAUGAUGUCUCGCAAGGGUCGCACCGGUUUGAACGUGUCUUGGAAAUACCAAAUCGACCGCCGUUAUUUGAACUCAUGUUCAAUAAUGUCGAUAUUGCCAUCGCUGAGCCCAGUUUCCCGCUCAAAGAGUAUCCAGAGUUCAUUCACAAAACUGGCAAGAGCAUGCCUAAAGAUACAUUGUACUCCUUGCUCAUUCCAAUGAGUAUUGACUGGAAAAUGGACGAGGCUCGUGUGCAAGUGCGCGAUUAUCCCUUACCCUUGAUGCAUGUUCCACCGCUACACAAUCGGCAGCGCAUCAAGAGUCGGGCAUGGGAGUUCAAAACUGAUCUUGUCAUUGCAGAAGAAGCGCCUGAACCAGAAUCUAUCCGACACGUCCGUGUCUGUGUUGUACCAGGAGAUACCGGCCGAAAAGGUUCGCCUGCUUUUCACGUCGAUGUACAGCGCAGUGUAUCUGCUGUCAAGACUUAUGCUGCAAUCAACAUUGAUCUCAAUUCUUCUCUCCCAACGCGAGUCCACUGGGGCACCUCGAUGCAAGCUGGUAUUGCUGAUGUGAUGCGCAUUGUGGAUACAUUGUCUAAACCUCAACAAGACUUGUCGGACAAACUUGGCUUCUGGGACAAGAUUCGCCUUGUGAUGCAUACAAGUCUCAAGCUAAAUUGGAAGCAAGAUGGAGAUAUGCACAUCACAAUCAAAGGCUCGCGCGAUCCAUAUGUUAUUCUUGGCAAAGGCGCUGGAUUGACAAAAGUCUUUCGCGGUAAUGUGGAGUGGUUCAUUGGCUGCGCACCAGAUCCGCAUGUUCUGAUGGCCGUGAAGUGUGACGAGUACAUGCUAGCUAUACCUGACUUUUCCAAGCGUGCCUCUGGUCUCACGGAGCGCGACAAGGGUCAAUCCAAUCAACUACAUCAUUACCAUUUGAGGCGAAAAGAGAUUGACUUCCAAAAGAUUCUCAUGAAAUUGACUGGAGAUGUCUAUUGGACCGCUGGCAUGAGAUUUGAAAGGCACUGCCGAAAAGGUGAAUGCAAGCACUGUGGCGAUGAAAGCUGCCGCAUCUGGGACUUUGAUCCGCACUGGACUGUGAAGCAAGUCACACCAGAGUUUGGCAAGCUGCCAGAUGAUUCAGUGCGGGAUGCAUUCAACGGUUUCCGAAGUCAUUACAUCCAUGGUCAGAUAUCAGUGACGUCCAGACAAAGGGAAGGCGCCACACAACAGAGCUACAACACUAUGCACUUAACGCCCAAGAGCUUUUCUCACUUCUUUGACUGGAUCCAUUCUUUCUCUGGCAAUCUCUCUUUGCCAUUGCGCACAGGAAGUUUGUUUCCUUCUGAUGAAGGGCCCAAGAAGAAGUUUGGUCGCUUCCUGGUGACGCUCAAGUACAGUUUGAAGCUUGACCCCCUCUAUAUCAGUCAUGUCUACCGCCACAGCAGUCUUGACAAGCACGGCAAAAUCAAUACGACUGGCAUCAAGGCCAAAAUUGAUGAGUUUGUUCUCGAUUUGCACCAGCGCAAGGAGGAGCGAGUUGAACGAAACAAGACCCUGGAGACUGAACGACAGGCAUCGCACAUGAAUAUUUAUCGAGCGCGUGUUGAUCUCAAGCGUGUCGAUCUACGAGUCGUGACGGCUGAAUUCAGCGCUGAUUUGCAUUCGGAUGCCAGGGCGGAAGUUUUGACGAAAGAUCCGCUCGAUCCAGAUGAUAACCCUCGCGGCAAGGCAGCAGCAAAGCAAGGCGAUUUCAAUGUUCCAGAAGAGGAUCUCGCAUGGGUCGAUAUGGAUGACUUUGAUGAGUUGGACAACAUGCUCCCUACCAUUGAUCCAUCUUGCCAAAUUCUUCCCCUGGCUUACGCGCCGCGCUUCGUCUACGAUCGCGACACUACACCACAAGACGGGAAUAGCCAAGACUGUGGUACGCAUGUGACAAAAGUGCAGAAGCAACGCUUUGGCUACGAAAAGUCGCAUUACUGUUACAUGGUUCCUGGCGAAAAUGAGGAGCAGCGUUUCAUGGGCACUGAUAUCGUACAACGCGAGCUGGCAAUUGAGAGGUAUACGGCGCUGCGGGGUGAGAUUUCCUCGAAUAAGACACAAAGGGAUCGUAUCUCUGCUGCGCUUGAUGAAGCGCCUUAUAGUCAUGCUUUACGACAAGAGCUUGACAACUUGCACGACUAUUCCGAUGUACUCAGGCAAAAACUCGGUCUUUUUCUCAAUCGGAAAGGUCAGAAUGGUCAAACAGAAGUCUACGACCUGGAGGACACGCUACCUGAUCCCUCAGAUCUGCCGCAUCAUGAAGAUCAACAUCGUAGACUCAAAGCUCUUGAGGGAGAAAUGGAGUCAUUUAACAAUCGCUUUGUUGUGCAUGACGCACAGCUAAAGUGGAACAACGUGCUGCGUAACAAUCUGAUUCGCUAUCUUCAGCAUGUCAAUCAGCGGCGUGGUUUCAGUUACUACAUGUCGCAAAAGGCAGUGAAGUUCUUGAUGGACCUUGUGCAAGAACAACAGCGAAAGGCCAAAGAGCAGCGCGCUGAGAGCACAGAGGAGAAGUCCUCUACACAUGUCGACGACAAAGAGGAGCUUGACGACGAAGUCCACAAACUCAUUCAACAGCUUCUUGAUGACAAGGACAAUUUCUUCGUUUCUGACAAAACGACAAUCGAUUCGGGCAUGGAGUCGCGAGCCAAAGUCAUUGCAAAGGGCGAAGACAUCACUGACCUCAAUACGAAUUAUCGCGCUCACAACAACUACAUUUUCCUCAUGCUGGGUCCGCAGGUUCAGCUGCAGAGCGAGAAAAACAGCGAGUCAGUUGUUGUGGUGUCAAUGUCUACGAUUCAAUUGCGAAUCAUAGCCAUCAUGGACAAUGAGGUUGACGAGGAGGAUGUCAGCGCCAUGCUUCAACGCAAGUUUAUCGCCGAGAUUCAUGGUGCUCAGUUCUUUCAUGCUCAAAAGCAGAACUUUCAAGGUGCUAUUGCCAGUGUUUUCAUCAAUAAUGGCUAUGGCGCUGAAGCUGGUGGGUACUGGCCUCCUUGGAUACCAUUUGAGAGUCUGUUCCUCGGGGAGUUGAGUGCUAAACCAUUUUCACGCAUUGUCGCUCAGACAAGCGCUACGCUGACAUAUACGAAGCACAACACCCUUCGCAUCAAGAAGAAUGAGCGCAUUGAAAAAGGAAGCAAUAUUGGCAGCGAAGAUGCAGACGAGCGCAUUGAUUCAGUGGCUGUCGAGUUCCCCAAGUUCGACUUGACUGCCAAUUCAACACAAUACUAUGCCAUGUUCACAAUCGUCACGGAUCUCUUGAUGUACACGGAGCCAAUGCAAAAGGAACGAAAUGAUCGCAUCGAGAAGCUCUUGCUAGCUGCCGACUUUUCCGAUUUGUCUGGCGCACCAGAGAUGGUGACGCAGCUCCAGACGCGGAUUCGGUCGCUCAAUGAAUUCAAGCUGCAAUUCAAGUUGCACGCCCAGCGCAAUGAUCCGCAGAGUAAGGCUGAUGAAGUUCGUGUGGAGCGUGAACUUGUGCAUUGCGAGGAAGAACUCUUUUUCUUGAUGAAGUCGGUUGCUGCGGCUGCUCAGCAGAAGCGUGAUGGCGGCAACACUGAAGUCAUGGCUGCCAUGACCUGGCAUAUGACUGCUGAUGAGAUACUAUGGCAUUUGAUUGAGUCUUCAGGAACGCCAUUCGUCGACAUUGGAUUGUCAAAGGCGACGUAUCAGCGCACCGUCAACACAGAUUCCUCCAAUUUCAAUAUCCUCGAAGUAGAGAUGCUUCAGGGACUGAAUUUGUCGCCGAAGCCAAUUUUCACCACGUUGCUUGCGCCGUACUUUAGUGGCGACAAGACGAUCAUUGAUGCACGUCGCAGUAAGAUGAUUCGCAUCUACUGGUACAUGCUUGAAGCGAUUGGAGGCAUCCCUGUGUGCGAUCACUUUGAGGUCAAUCUCUUUCCUCUACGAUUGCAGAUGGAGCAUGACGUGGGUAAGAAGCUCCUUGAGUAUGUUUUCCCUGACAAAUCAACAAACGACGACAAUGCUUCAGAUACGGACUCCAGCACAGGCGAUAGUUCAGAGGACUCUGACGAGGAUAGUGUGGCAAGUCGGUCGCUGCGACCACCCAGUGACGGUCGCCUCACGAGCAAAAGCUCGCGCAACACACUUCGAAGUUGUGCCGCGUCCACCUAUUCUCGUGCUGACUCGCGAAGCAAAAAAGCAUCAUCAACGCUGUCUCUUCAACGUACACGGACAAAUGCUUCUAUGCAAUCGAGCGCUGCAACUUCAGCGGAUGGGUCGUCGCAAUUGGCUAAGCACAAGAAUCGCAAAGCGAGCAAUGAUUUGGACGCCAUGAUGUCCCGCGCUAGUACGAACAUGUCCCUUGUCUACGUCAAGGUACCGUCUGCUGUUUUGUCGCUUUCCUAUAAAGGUCCCAAAGCCAAGAAUCUGGUGGACGUGACGGACUUUGUGUUUCGCUUCCCAACGAUUGAAUACCGCAACAAGACUUGGUCAUACCUGGAUCUGGUCGAGCACCUCAAACGGGAGGUCAUCAAGGGUGUUUUGGCGCAUACUGGCUCAUUGCUUAAGGACAAGAUGACACAUCACAGAAAGGCAAAGCAGAAGCCUGCAAUUCAAAGACAAUUGACCUCUUACAAGAGCUUCAUCCCUGGUCAAGCAGACGAACGACGUGCACUUGAGGCGUUUGAGCGUAGUGACUCUGCAGAGACGUCUUCGCUGGCCAUGAUCCAACCUGGCAUGCCACACAAGGAAGGCGGGUUGUUGAGUACGGUGUUGAACAGCAACCCCAUUGGUCGGCAUAUUCAGCACCUGUCCCAUCUUGCACGGCACAAGGACGGUAUUGUGGAUGACAAUGAUGAAAGUAAGCUCAAAAAGACACGCAUGCUGCUUGGCAAGUUUGUGCCGAAGAACUAGAGUAGAUAGACGUAUAGUGUAGUAUCAUGUAUACUGCGGUGAUGACCAGUUG